AUGCCUCGUUCUCGCGGAGGUGCUCCUUCCCGACCUGCCCCGUCGCGACCGACAGCUCCGGCCGCAGCUCCUCGGUCUGUCGCGCCACAGCAGCAGCAACAACGUCCGAUGACUACCACCGCUGCUGCUGGAGGCCACCCGAACGCACCCGCACAGCAUGCCCCUCCUCCUGCUCAAGCAUCGCAGGGUCCGGGGCUCUUUGGUCAGAUGGCCAGCACUGCAGCUGGCGUCGCAGUUGGAUCCUCAAUCGGCCAUGCCAUCGGCGGCUUUUUCGGCGGCGGCUCCUCUUACUCCCAGCCAGCGGAGCAACAGCAGCAACAGCAACAGCCCACCGACGCCUACGCCCGAACCGGCGAUGCCAUGCCCAACGCUUUGUAUUCUCAAUCGAACUACUCGGCCACUGAGGCCACGGGCCCUUGUGCCGCGGACAUCAAGAGCUUCACCGACUGCAUGAACCAGAACCAGGGUAACUUGACCAUUUGCGGGUGGUACAUGGAACAGCUCAAGGCUUGUCAGCAGGCUGCGAGGCAGUAUUGA